GUCAAUGUCAGUUUAACAUCAUAGGAAGCUGGUACGUAGGUACCUACAUAAAUUGCAGAAGUUAUUAAACAAAUCAUCGAUCGAGUAGAGUUUAAUGGAUGGAUUUAUGAGCAGAAAAAAAUUCGGAAAAUAUUCAAUCCGUACCAAUAAAUAACUAAUUUACAAGAAAAAUGCCAGACGCAGUAGCAGCCUGUCGAGUGUGUCUGGCGGUGGACGUGCGGUUGUUAACAAUCGCCGGCGCGCUCCAGCUGGUGUAUGAGAAGAUCACCAGCAAUGCACUGCACAGUGAGGGGAAGCCCGUGGCGGCGUGUUAUAUCUGCUACGCUCAGCUCGACAAGUGCCGCAAGUUGAUGCUGACUUGUGAGCAGGCAGAGAAUGUCCUGAAUGAUAUAUUGCACAGGCAAUCUAAGAUAACUGAAAAUUCAUUAUCCUCGAUUGAUCACAAACUACGAGGUCUGUACGGAUCGGCAAGCUAUGGAACUGUGCAUCACAGCAAUGAAGUAUCGGGCCCUAAUAUCAAAACUGAGACUGAAUGUGAUCUUCUCAUUGAGAUCAAAGUUGAACCGGAGCCAGAGGUCGCCGAUACUGACAUUGGUAACGAAGAAUCACAAGAACCUUUGCUGUCAGAAGUGGGAUCUUAUAACGUCCACGAGAUGAAAUUCAAAAUUGAUGACGAAGGCCCCAUGGUGGCGAGACAAGAUGAUAACGUCACAAAAGAUCGCGCGCAAACUUCCGGUGAUAUGAAGCGGAAAGUCACAAGAAAUACAAUCGACAGGAAACGUCGCAAGUCAACAACUAGGACUGCUGAGAAUCUCAACGAGUGUAAUGUUUGUCAGCGACAAUUUACACAAAAUUCAGACUUGAGAAGACAUUACAGAAUUCACACCGGCGAGAAACCGUACGAAUGCGACGUGUGCCAACAGAAAUUCAACCAAAGCUAUGCUUUAUUAAGUCAUAUUAAGACUCACACUGGUGAGAAACCUUUUCAAUGCGCAGAUUGUCAAAAGAAGUUUAGUCAUAAGGGUAACUUGAUUAGUCACAUUAGGACUCACACAGGUGAGAAACCUUUCACAUGUGACAUGUGUCAAAAGCGGUUCAGUCAUAAGGCUAAUUUGUUGAAUCACAUCAGAACUCAUACAGGCGAGAAACCGUUCCGAUGUGAAUUAUGUGAUAGCGCUUUUAUGAAUAAAGACAAUUUGACAAGACACAGCAUAAGUCACAGUGGUGAGAAACCUUUUAAGUGUGAAGUGUGUGAUAGAGCGUUUAUAAAGAGAAGUGGUUUGGUAAGACAUGCCAGGACGCAUACAGGCGAGAAACCAUAUCAAUGCAACGUGUGUCAGAACAGGUUUAAUCAAAAGGAGCAUUUGUCGCGACAUUUGAUGAGUCACACCGGUGAGAAACCAUUCCAGUGUGAAGUGUGUCCUAAGGCUUUUGUCAGCAAAAAACACCUGACAAACCACAUUCGAUCUCAUACUGGUGAGAGGCCAUUUGAAUGUAAAAUAUGUCAAAAGACGUUUGCUACGAACUUCAAUUUGUGGAAGCACAAUAGAUAUCAUACUGGCGAGAAACCUUACCAAUGUAACGUGUGCGAGAAACGGUUCGCCGAUAAUAGAGGGUUAACUCACCACGUGAGAACUCAUACAGGUGAGAAACCGUUUCAGUGUGACGUUUGUCAUCACCGCUUCACUCAGAAAACUCAUUUGACGAGUCAUAUUAAAAGUCACUCUGAUGAGAGACCAUUCCAUUGUGACGUGUGUCAAAAUAGAUUUCGUUAUAAAAAGGAUGUAUUUCGACACAUGAUGAUACAUACCGGUGAGAAACCUUUGAAGUGCGAGUUUUGCGAUUAUCGCUGUAGUCAAAAUUCAAGUUUGCGAAGCCACCUGAGAACUCACACUGGCGAGAAACCUUUUCAAUGUGGCGUGUGCGAUUACCGUUGCAGUCAUAAAAUCAGUUUGUUAAACCACUAUAGAACUCAUACAGAUGGCGAGAAAACAUUCAAAUGUAAUGUUUGCGAUUAUCGUUGUAGUAAAAAGCAGGGUUUGAUAAUACACCUGAGAAGUCACAGUGGUGAGAAAGAGUUCCAAUGUGACGUGUGUGAUUACAGUUGUAAUCAUAAACUUAGUCUAUUAAACCGCUAUACAACUCAUACUGUUGAGAAAUCGGGACAAAGUGCAGUAUCGACGUCAGAAUUCUCAAAAAAAUAGUCUCACGUGUCCCGACGAUAUUUUUUCCUAGCUAUUUAAGUCCCACUGUUGGGCAAAAGCCUCCGCAAUGUUUUUGAUUUCAACAUUUAUUCAGAAAUUAGACCUUCACAGGCACUUUUUCUCGUCAAUUUUUAUAUUUAUAGUUAUUUCUCACAAGCUACAAACUACUGGCAUUUCGGAACGACCACUGCUGAGAAGAAAUGCCGAAAGAAACUCAUUUGAACAGUGCUGGUCCCUAUCAUGCCAGAUCGGCUUACCAUUAUUGUUUCUUACAAUGUUUUUUUUUCUAAUAAUAUAUAAAAGUACAUAAUGUACAUAGUCGAAAGGUAUAACAAAACAGGUUAUGAUUGUGAUCCGAGUGCUGAUUAUAAUAUAUAUAUAGAUGUGAAACACAAUUAACUCACAUGAAAAUAUAUGAGAAACGAGAUGACCAGUUCCCUCUGGCAGCACCCGUUCACGAGUUGACGCAUGGGACAGCCAUCGCGUAGCUCAACCAUAAUAGAGGGAACCUCACGACCCGGCCCACGACGCCACCAGAUUGACCAUUUGAGUGAGCAUGACUUGCAUUACUUGUCUUUAGCCUUUUCUUGGCUCUCUUUCAGCAUCCGUCGGUUAAAUACUAACGAAACUAAAUUCUUGAAAAAUAAUUCUUUUCAUUCACACAUCCGAUAUGACUUUUUAUUUAGAAAAACUUACACAACUUUACAAAAACGCACAAAUCCAUCGUCCAAUCGUAGUGCGGCAUUGUGACGCAUCGACAACCGCGCAUUGAUGAAAUGAGAAUGUGAAAUUCGAAGCAGUUUAUAAAAUAAUACCUAUAUUUGUUAAUUGACGUCCUUGGAGAAAAGGCUGCGGUGAAGUUUGUUGCGCCGCUUCUUCUUCACCUGCGCUUUGGAAGCCGGCAGUAGACUUAGUUUAAGUAAUUUUUGACGUCAAUAAGUGAUGUAUAUCAUCCUAAAUUGAAUAAAGAAUUUUGAAUUUGAAUUUGAAAUUUGAAUAGGCGAUUCUAAUGUAGAAAAAAAAAUUGUAAAUAUAACUUAUUUUGUAUUUCUAGUAUUUGUACAGCAUUAUACAUAAUGUAUAUCUAGUAUUCAGGGUUACUGGUAUCUAACGCAUAACCUUCCAAAGGCGCAUAAAUUACAUAGAGACUAACAUCUUUUGUUCUACGACUUUUGUCUAAAAGUAAUAAAUAAAAAAAAACUUUUAGUUUUAA